CAACUAAUUUUUGCUGCUACCAAGUUGGCUAUGAUAUGUUAAAGAGUUGCUGAGAACAGGGUUACUUCCCAUUUGGCGGCUUUAUCGUCAAGUUUGAUUGGCUGUCACUGCCAAACGGUUUUGAAUUUGAAAAAGCUGUUAGACACAUUUGUUCAACCUGGUCCAAACCUCCAGAAACACAAGAGCUCAGAGUCCAGAGGAAUGCGGAAGACAGGAGGGGUCGGCAGUCAUCAGGGGCUCAGGAAUCAACCCGCCCACUCCACCAAAAGUGGGGAAAACUGGAGAAUAUCUCGAUUUAUGUAACUUUUGGUUCGCCCUGAACCACCAGAUCUGCACGACGCCAAUAUGUUGGUGGUUUCGAUAUGUGUGGCGAGUUUAUUAAUAUUCCCACUCUUACUCCAAACGUUGUGCCCUUAUUUCUGGAAGGAUGCCUUCUACCUAGUGAAGCUGAUCAACAUAUCCAAGACCUACAUCCUUCGGCGGAGGAGGAGACCAAUCUUCCUCUUUCUGGACCGCUUUCUGGAGCAAGCCGUCGCGCGUCCCGAUGCGACGUUCAUCGUGUUCGAGGAUGAGCGCUUCUCCUACCGCGACGCGGACACGACGAGCAACAGGAUAGCGAACGCUCUCCUGCGUCACCCUCAGUACCAUGCUGGGGACACGGUGGCGCUGUUCAUGGGGAACGAACCCGCCUUUAUGUUCAUCUGCCUGGCCUUGGCGAAGUUGGGAUCCCCCGCUGCGCUCCUAAACCACAACAUCCGCUCCAGGUCCCUGUUGCACUGCUUCAGCUGCAGCAGCGCCACGGUGUUGAUCGCAGCCUCAGAGCUGCAGGACGCUGUGGGAGAGGUGCUGUCCUCGCUCAGGGAGCAGCGUGUGACCGUGUUGCUGAUGGCCCGGGACUGUGACGUGAGUGGGAUGGAGAGCUUCUCCUCCGAGGUGGAGCAGGCCUCCGACGCCCCCCUGCCUCGGGCCCUCAGAUCACACGUCACGUUCAAGAGCCCCGCCGUCCUCAUCUACACGUCUGGGACCACAGGUCUCCCCAAAGCCGCGGUGGUCAACCAGAACCGGCUCCUCAUGGCGCUGGCCGUCCUGGCGUCCAACGGCGUCACGGCAAGCGAUGUCAUCUACCUCAACCUGCCGCUCUACCACACAGCCGGCUUCCUCGUGGGCUUCGUGGGCGCCGUGGAGACGGGCUCAUGCAUCCUCCUGAGGAGGAAGUUCUCCGCCUCGCAGUUCUGGGUGGACUGCAGGAGGCACAAGGUGACGGUGAUCCAGUACAUCGGGGAGGUGCUGAGGUACCUCUGCAACACGCCUACGCGGCCCGACGACCGGGACCACUGCGUGCGUCUCGCCAUCGGCAACGGGCUGCGGGCUGACGUGUGGACGGACUUCCUGCGGCGCUUCGGGAACAUCGGGGUCCGGGAGUUCUACGCCUCCACAGAGGGGAACGUGGGCUUCCUGAACUACACCGGCAAGAUCGGCGCCAUCGGACGCACCAACUUCCUGCAGCACAAGCUGUUCCCGUACUCGCUGGUUAAAUACGACACAGAGCGCGACGAGCCCCGGCGGGAUGCCCGCGGCCUCUGCAUCGAGGCUGUUAAAGGUGAGACUGGGCUGCUGGUGUCCAAAAUCACGGAGCGCGCUCCUUUCAUCGGCUACGUGGGGAAUGAGGAGCAGACGGAGAAGAAGAGGCUGCGGGACGUCCUCAGGCCUGGAGAUCUGUACUUCAACAGCGGAGACCUCCUGAGGCUGGACCUGGAGGGCUUCCUCUACUUCCAGGACCGCGUGGGCGAUACCUUCAGGUGGAAGGGCGAGAACGUGGCCACCACAGAAGUCGCGGACGCCCUUUCCCUUGCGGGCUGCGUGAGAGACUCCAACGUCUACGGCGUUGAGGUCCCAGGCCAUGAGGGGAGGGUGGGGAUGGCCGUCCUCACGCUGAGGGAAGGCGCUCCGUUCGAAGGCGGCCUCGUGUACCAGCAGGUGGUCGGCCUGCCCUCCUACGCCCGGCCUCGCUUCAUCAGGAUACAGACGGAGGUAGAAGUGACCUCCACCUUCAAGCAGCUGAAGAGGAGGCUGGUGGAGGAAGGGUUCGACCCAGAGAGCAUCGCGGACCCCCUGUACGUCCUGGACGAGGCGGCCCAGAGCUACAGCCCCCUGACCCCCCGGGUGUACAGCCUCCUCUCCUCCGGGGGCAUCAAGCUGUAGUCGGGGGGGGCUGGGGGGUCCUCACCGUUCACACUUUAGAACAACACUUUAUCUACGGCCCCUCAGCGAGGGGGUCCCUCAGGGAGGGGGUCCCUCAGGGAGGGGGUCCCAACAUGACUUCCCUUCACACAAUAAUAGUUGCCAGGUAAAUCAUCCAUACCAUGUUGAACAUAGGAAGGGCGGUCUGCCGCAGCUACUCCUUCCAACCAAUCACAAAUCAGCCAAAAAAUAAUAUUAACGUUCUAAGCAAAUGAUUUUGCAAGUUUGCAUUACCACGAAGGAAUUUUAGGCUACUUUAUGAAGCUUAACUUUGUCUGCGUGUUUGAUUAAAGUUCAGAAGCAUUGCACUCUGCUGACACUGUUAAAGUGCCUCAACACGGCGCGUCACGUGAGUAUGUUUUUUUAAAAGUUGUGUAGGCCUAAGCUUUAGAAAAGACAUGCAUUUGCGGGUGCACUGCGUGCGUUCAUGAAUGCGAAUUCAUGUUUGCCUCCCUGGUGAGCUCGGCCAGGAACGGCUUGGUUCCCCAUGUCAUCAGUCCCCAGAUGCAUUGCUGCUGAACAGACUUAACUUUCCAGUUAAAAUCGAGUUGAAGAAGGUAAGAUACAUUUGUAUAAAUUCAAUACAUAUGUACUGUCAAUACUAAUCGAAAAUGUUCCUGGUGUGAGAAUUUGUCUUUCUAAUAAGUGCUCUGUGGGAUUGCAUACUCAUCAAAUUAUCCUUCUGUUUAGUAACUUGCCAAAUUUGAAAACAAACCCUUUCAAACAGAUAGAAGUGUGCAACCAAUAAUACAAUAAAACACAAUUUCAUGAAUAUUUUUUACACUUAAUGUAAGAAUAGGCCUAAGGUAAAUACAUAAUUUCCAAGCAGCUUUUCCUAAUGUCGUGUUAUUGUUUUUCAUGUUUAUUUUUAUUUUUUGUAAACAGAAUACUCAUAGGGGAUGUAGUCUCUUAUCUUUCUAAAAAAAUAACUAACAAUUCAGAUGAAGUCAAUGUUAAACAUAUGUGGGGGUUUCCAUAGAUUUCCAUUUUUUCAACUUUAAUUUCCUUUAGAGGGGUGAUAUAGGGUGCAGCCAUACAUUGUGACCAUCUGGGGCUUACCCCUUACCCCAUCUAAGAAUAUAUUUCUUAGAUACGAUUUCCUGCAUUCUAGUCCAUUUGAGAUUGAUCUGCUGGAUCAAAUUAUCUCUUUUAACCCAUGUCUUGUCACGUUAAUUGGAAUUUCUUAUUCUUCUUUUUUAUAAGAGGAAGAGACUUAAAGGAUCCGGGGCUUUUGAAGUGAGAUUCGGGGCUUCAGUUCCAAAAGCCCCCUUCGUGCUCUACCACUAUAUUAUGCCACCAGCAGUGCGUUUGUUUAGCCAUUACAAGGACAUUCACAUUUGGGAUGUACAACGGCUUGUAAUGGCCUAUGACACUCACGUGGUGGAAAAAUAUCACCCUUUUUAGGGUAAAGGUAUCUUAAAGCUAUUGUGAAAUAAAAUAAAGGCAGUUGUACUUUGUUGUUCUGAAUGAUUUGUAAAGUCACCAUGGAUUAAUCGGAGGAAACAAUGGUCCUUGAUCAGAAGUGAUUCAUUCACUGCAAUGCAAAUAUCCCAAUAAGCCAGGGGUCUCAAACCAUCGAUCCGCGGGCCAAUUGCGGCCCGCGGGACGAUAUUUUGUGGCCCCCUACUUGAUAUCAAAGUUAAGUGUUAGUGCGGCCCGCACGUUUUAAUUAUUAUUAUUAUUAUUAUUUUUAUUUUUUUUGCCGAGUCGCUGCGCUUGCCCGUUGGCCGCAUUUAUAAAGCUUGCUGCGCACAAAAAACUUGCAUAAGACGGCAGUGAAAUGUGCUCGGCCAACGGUAUGGCUUCUCCCAAGUCUGUGUGCGCUGGAGAUACGCCCUUUCUGUGUGUAUCUCUUUCCAAACACCAUGCACCUGACCGGGUUCUCUCCUGUGUGACUCCUCUGAUGUAUUUCGAUCUUACUGAAGCAUCUGAAACUAACCGCUUAGCAACCGAGUUCCUGAAGUUGUGGGGCUUCAUAUCCCUGAGCCUGAAAUGUGCGUCAGUUUUUUUUCACUGCAAACGUUGGUAGGCUAUUUAUAGAAAAUGUCUAUGUUCUGACAUGAUUGAUUGCAUUUUAUAACUGCAUGGGCCUGGAUACGUCGGUAGGGGGGUGUGUGUGUGUGUGUGUGUGUGUGUGUUCCUGUGUGUCCAGUGGGAGAGGAAAUAUCGACGUGUGAAAGAGUGUUUUGUAUCAAGUUGAGGCCGACACAUAUUAAUCGAAAUUUAUAUAUCAUAAGUUACACAUGUAUUAAAAAAAAAUUCGGGUUGAAAUCGGGCUCGGGCUCAUAAUUACAGUUAAUGUGUCGGGCCGGGCCGGGCUCGUACAGAACGUGCACGGGCCGGGUCGGGCUUGACACACACACACACACACACACACACACACACACACACACACACACACACACACACACACACACACACACACACACAC